AUGUACCAACGGACCGCGGCGAACCAGAGAGAGCGGGCUGGCUGGGAACAGGGCCCGUCCCUGACACCGAGGCUACAAAAUCCUCUGCCGCCAGGGGGCGCAGUGAGGAGGGGCGGGAGGGACUCUGCUCGCAGCUUUGGCGCAGUGGGUGCUUCCUGCAUUAUUCCCCAGUGGGUGUGCACCUGCCCCGGGCCUGUGGGUGUAACGCCCCCAGGGAAGGCGCCGGGCCCAGAGCCGGGUCUUCACACCGCAGAGCAGAUGAUGAAUGCCGCGGGCUCCCGCAGACAGGACCCAGGUUCCAACCCUGGCUUCCCUGCUCACUGGCUCUGUGACAGUGGACAAGGACGGACCUUUUAA